GUCUCCUGCACUGGCAGCCGGAUUCUAGCGCCACUAGCGCCACCUGGGAAGCCCAAGUCUCUUUGUGUUAAUUCUAAUCCCCACCCUAUCCCAUGCCCUGUCUCCAGCAAAAAGCCCAUUCUCUCUACAUCCUGUUUGACUGAGAAAAGAGUCUAGCCAACCAAUUCAUGCUAUGAGAUGGGGAAACUGGAAUCUGAAGAUCACCCAGCUGUGAAUGAUGGACAUUCAGACCCCGGGCAGACAGGCUCCAGGGUCGGGACUCUCAAGCCAUCAGCACAAGGACGCUGAUCUUCAAAGGAAUGUGAUCGAGGAUGCUGGCCCUGAGGCUGCUCAACGUGGUGGCCCCCGCCUACUUCUUGUGCAUCGCCCUGGUGACCCUGGUGCUGCAGCUCUUCCUCUUUCUGCCCCGCAUGCGUGAGGACCCCACGGCCGCCCGCCUCUUCUCGCCCGCCCUGCUCCAUGGGGCGCUCUUCCUGUUCCUCUCCACCAACGCCCUGGGCAACUACGUCCUGGUCAUCCAGAACUCCCCGGACGACCUGGAUGCCUGCCAGGGGGCCGAGGCCAGGAGGGCCCUGUGCCCGCCGCCCAGCACCCACUUCUGCCGCGUGUGCGCCAGAGUCACCCUGAGGCACGACCACCACUGUUUCUUCACCGGCAACUGCAUCGGGAGCAGGAACAUGCGAAACUUCGUCCUGUUCUGCCUCUACACCUCGCUGGCCUGCCUCUACUCCAUGGUGGCCGGCGUGGCCUACAUCUCUGCGGUCCUUUCCAUCUCCUUCGCCCACCCCCUGGCCUUCCUCACGCUCCUUCCCACCUCCAUCAGCCAGUUCUUCUCUGGAGCUGUCCUCGGUUCUGAAAUGUUCGUCAUCCUCAUGCUUUACCUCUGGUUUGCCAUCGGCCUGGCCUGCGCUGGCUUCUGCUGCCAUCAGUUGCUGUUGAUUCUCCGGGGGCAGACCCGCCACCAGGUGCGGAAGGGGGUGGCGGUGAGAGCCCGGCCUUGGCGCAAGAACUUACAGGAGGUCUUCGGGAAGAGGUGGCUGUUGGGCCUUCUGGUCCCCAUGUUCAAUGUUGGAAGCGAGAGCUGCAAGCAGCGGGACAAGUAGCGGGCGCUCCCUUCAUUCCUCUGUGUGUGUGUGUCUGUCUUGACUCCUCGUGAACAUGAGACCACAGCACUCUGUCUCCACCCAUGACCUGCUACAACGUUGGACUGGUAAGGUCCUAGCAUCUACCCUGGGUCUGUGACACCAAAGAACUGUGUUGGUUGGUGGAUCAUGACAAGGAGGAAAGAUGGCCACUAGGCAUUGCUAGGCUCCCCCUUGAGCCAGCCUGGUGGCUGAUAAUUGUUCAGAGGCCUGUUUUUGUUUCCUUCUCUUGGGUGCCUGCUUUCCCUCUCUGUCUGGUUCACACACUCUCUAUCAAGUCUCCUGUCUUCACUGCUAUCUGCUAGAUCUUUUCCUCUCAACCCUAGACUAGGAGUGGGGAGUGGAUUCUUACUGCUGGUAUGAUGCUCCCUAAGGGCCUGAAAUCUGGCAAAAAUGUUUAAAAUGACCAUGGGUGAGAGGCAGCCAAGUCAGCUCUUCCAACUGCUGGUGAGAUUGGGAAAGUAGGGUCGUGUGUCCUCAUCUCCUCUGUGGAACUGUGGGCAGUGGAAGGGAAAAAGAACUCCAAAGCUUGCUUCCUAGCCCCCAAGUUGCAAGGCCUUUUCUCUGAGAGACAGAAGCCAAUGGCCUGGGAUGUUCCAGCUGCUGUCCCCUGUCCGCCCCUCCCC